UUUUAUUUUUGUUGUGAUUGUGAUUAAAUUUUUUGUUACUCUUUGUUUUAGUUAAUUAAAUUAAUUAUAUUCAUGUGAUUGUUAUUCUUUUUUUUAGUAAUAACUUUUGUUAUUAGUGUGACUGAAAAUGAGUUCUACUCUGGUCUCGGAUGCUAUGAGACAUGCAUCUUUUAACAUCGUCUUUCAGAUUUCUACACGUAUUUUAACGUUCAUUUUGAAUAUUUAUAUUCUCCGAUAUAUUUCGGCUUACACUUUGGGUGUAAUCAAUGUUAGGCUACUUUUACUUUACACAACAACACAAUUUAUCAGCCGGGAACCGAUGAGAAGGGUUUGCAUAAGUGAAGCUAAAUCACAUCGUUGGCCCGCUCUAGUUAAUUUAAUUUGGUUAAAUAUCAUCACAACGUUUAUUUUUGGCUAUGGUCUUUCUUAUAUUUGGUUAAAUUGGGUUGAGCAACCAGAUGAUGAUCAAGCUUUUGGAUACCGUUUUGCUGUUCUUUUCAUGCCCAUCAUUGUUGCCAUCGAAAUGAUCUCAGAGCCAAUGUUUAUUUAUUGUCAACUUCAGAAUCACGUCAAGAUUAGGAUCAACAUCGAAGCCAUUUCGCUGAUCAUAAGAUGCUUUGUUAUGGCUCUUUUCGUCCAAAGUUAUCCCUCUAGUGCUGUGAUAAUUUUUCUAUUUUCCCUUUUAAUUUCGUCUAUUGCGUUGACAUUCAUGUAUCACACUUACUUUGCCUUCAAGCUCAAUCUUGAUCUGCCUUAUAGUCAUUACUUUCCCGAUCGAAAUGCUCAGCCUCUCAUUGAUUCAAAUCUUCUUAAACUAAAUUUUAGCUUCUUUUCACAAACAAUCAUCAAACAAUUUCUCACUGAAGGAGAAAAGUUCAUCAUGACGUUUCUUAAUCCAAUGACCUUUGAAGAACAAGGAAUUUUCGAUAUUGUCAACAAUUUAGGAUCUCUUGCUGCCCGUUUCAUUUUCCAGCCAAUCGAGGAAAGUGCUUAUAUACUUUUCGGUAAACUGAUUGUCCGAGGAAAACACGCAAAGCAAGAUCGUAAAAAGUACAAAAUUGCUAUGGACACACUGAGAGAUUUGUUUAAAUUGAUGUCACUUUGUGGCUUAAUUAUCUUUGUUUUUGGAUUCAACUACUCACAAUUGGCGUUGAAAAUUUACAAUGACAAACACCUUGGUCGAGGUUUGGCCAUAACAUUGAUGCGUUGUCACUGUUUCUACAUUUAUUUAAUAGCAAUCAACGGUGUUAGUGAAACUUUUACCUUCGCUGUGAUGUCUAAGGAUCAAAUUGAUAGAUUUAAUGUUUGGCUAAUUGGAUUUUCAGUCGUUUAUUUAAUCAUUGCAUCUACUACAUCAAUUAUCGGUGCAACUGGUUUAAUCCUUGCAAAUUGUAUCAAUAUGAUUUGUCGUAUAAUUUUCAGCUUCAAAUUCAUCAUCGAAUGCGUACUAAGUCAAAAACAAGAGAACCCGCUGGUGGGAAUUUUUCCACACCGCAAAGUUCUUGCCGCAAGCGGUAUUAUUUUUGGAUUAACUCGAUUAUCAGAGACAACUUUAUGCUGUUCCAAUUGGACUGACUCGAUAAUCCAUGUAAUCUUUGGUGGAUUACUUUUCUUUUUAAUCUCAAUCAUAAUCUAUUGUAAUGAACCGAAUGCCAUUGCAAUGAUGGAUCAAAUCCCUUUAUUUAAGAUACUUUUUAAAUUCAUCAAGCCCAAAAAACUCAAAAAACAAUAAAUCACUAAUUAAGUAUUUUCAAAAAAGUUAUCA